AUUAAACAACUAGAGACUGGCAUUUUCAAUCCAAUCAGUGAAGAUAUCCUCAAUGAAUUCAUCGAUACAUACCCAAACAUAUUAAGUGAGGAAUUACUUUUUGUAAUGGCUCCGCCACAUAUAAAGGAAUUAGGUAUAAAACGAUGUUCAAGUCUUCAAAACAUAUACAAGAUAAAGAAAACUUUGGAAAAAUGCCAUAAGAUACAAAUCCUGGCAGUAGAUGAAGAUGAUGAACGCCUGGUGACUCUAGAAAUGUGUCUUAUAAUAUGCAGAACACUGCCAUGUUUGACGUCAUUGUCAAUGGUGAGCUGUAGUUCUGUAACUGAUGCCAUGAUACAGCUGAUUCUUCUUCACUGUGCAACAUUGAAACAUCUCGACAUUGCCUCGACUGAAAUAACAGACAAUGCGUUUCACAUCAAAACAAGCGAGACAAGAUUUUCUCCAAAGCGCUCUCCAAAAAAGAAGAGAGAUAGUCCGUGUUCAGCAGCAUGUAAUCUAGCAUCUAUUAAUAUAUCUGGAUGUAAAUCAUUGACCAAUACCUGUGUACGAUACAUUGCACAAUUAUUUGGAUCACACUUGCAGACCUUCAAUGCAUCAUGGACUGAGAUGGAUUGUAGUAUUCUGUGGUAUUUAGCAGGAUACAAUCUGGCCACAGCAGUGCAGCUCGCCGUGUCGCAGGACGGGGAGGUAUUGGACAGAGAAGUAGACGAUGAAAGGAUUGUAUCUGAUCUCAUUAGACAUAAAAAGAUGCUAGAGGAAAAAAUCACUAAACAGAAUAGCAAAGAUGAUAGUGAUGGAGAAGGUGACCAUAGCAACGGUCAGAGCACUGAAGAAAACAAAACUGACCAAUAUAGUGAAGUUGACACUGAUCCUAUGAAUGAGUACCUUGCCCAUAGUUUAAAUGAUAUAAAUGUGGAGCUUGAAGGGAGCCAGUCAGCUGUUAAACUAAACAGUGGUAAUCUUGCAGAGGGUGGAGACGAUGAUAAAAUGGAGCAGGAUAAUCUUGAAUCUCUGAAGAAGAUGACCGAUGAAGAAAAAGACCGAGCCACAAUAAAAAAAUUGAGAGCAUGUGGGAUUAAGAUCAGUGAUCUGUCUUUGGCUGGUCAAAUUAAGUUUUGUAAACGACGUGAAGAUGGCAAGACUAAAGAGGCAGUAGAAAGGACACAAUUAUUUCAACCAAACUUGACUUCAUUAGAUAUCAGUAACAUCACGUUUGAUAACCAUAUUGGGGAUGCCUGUCUUCAAGAUUUCUUCUCAGCCAAUAGAAGCUUAAAGAAGUUCUGCAUAUCGUGGCCCAUGCUGAAAAAUUCUACACUGGAUUGGAUCAUUUCAAAUUCUCCUGACUUGAAUCAUCUGGCUCUGGUUGAUUGUGAUGCCAUUAGGUGCACUGGUCUUUGUGAGUUGGCAAGUAAAUGUCCAAAGUUAGAAUGUUUAGACAUUGGAGGUGUCAAUUUUCUGUCAGACGCUGGUCUUGCACCUGUACUGGUCAACCAUGAAUCAAAUUUAAACAGUCUUUAUUUAGCUGAAGUUAAUAUAACAGAUAAGACUUUGCAUACCAUUGCCCAAUUUUUGGGUUCUCAGCUUAUCAACUUGGACAUAUCGUGGUGUGAAGACGUGACCGAUUCAGGUUUACUGUCUAUAGCUAAAUCCUGUACUUCCCUUGCAAGUUUAAAAAUGAGAAAGUGUCCUGCCUCAGAUAUUGCUUUAAUAACUAUAUCAGAGAAUUGUCCAAAUAUCAAACAAAUAAGUCUGUCUGGAGCGGAUAAAAUCACCAAUGCGGGUAUUACUGUCAUGGCAAAGUCGCUUUCGUGGUUGGUAUUUGUAGAUAUCAGUUGGAAUUCAAACUUAACAGAUGCAUCUAUAUCUGCAUUGUUCUCAUCAUGUUCUAAUUUACUUGAUGUUAAUCUAGCUGGAUUGAAGUGUAUUACAUCUAAGCCAUUCCUUCCCAUCAUAGCAGACCUGAACAAAUGGAGGAGAUGCCAAGCUUUAUUAAGACUGAAGGCGAAAGAGAGUGCCAUGCAAAUAUCGGGAUUCUCGAGUGAUGAAGAAUUUGAAGACCUGCAUGUGCCACGUCGUUCCAUCAGUUACAUCCCCCGUAUGAGUCAUAUCGAUCUUGAAUACUGUGACAAGAUUAAUGACCAACAGAUGGCGGAAAUUGUGGCUGUGUGCAGGGGUACACUGUCCAUUAAAGAUUAUUACGGGCAAAAAGUGGAACCCAAAUUAUUACAUUUACAAACAAUCAGUAGAUGAGUCUAGUAGCCCAUUGAAAUGUUCCCUGCUACAAAUAUUUACAAUAUUGACUCGCGAAAAUUUCAGUUUACAGAUCUGUGAUAGAAAUGACACACGUUUGCAUAUUUAAUUUAUUUGACACAUGGUUUUCUCUUCCCAUGUGUGUCAGCUUAUUUUUUAACACUAACAAAUAUGUAUACAUCUGGAAUGCUUCUGCCAUAUUGAUCUUAGUAAGAAAAUAGUAAAUUGUGGCAUACAGUAAAUAACUGAACUGUUUAAAAAACAUAAAAAUAAAUCUUCUAAAGCUAACAUUGCCAAGGUGAUUGGAAUUUCUAUUACCAAGAUUUGUUAGCAUUCUGAUAUCAUUUACUGUUGAAACAUUAUACCAUAGUCCUUCCAAGAAUUCAUUAAUCUUCCGUCCAUAGAUUAUCAUUUUUAAACUUCAUAAAUAUCAGGUAAUACAGUAAAAGGCAGAAAGCCGCAUCUUAGUUUAUAAUGUAUACUGACAAUCAGCUUUCAUUCAAAUUUAAAUAUUUAAUAAUGAUUGGCUGAGAAGAUCCACACUGUCUACGCCAAUAAUGUACGUGAAUAACUUGACGUGACAUAGCAAUUGCAACAUCUCAUUUAAAAUAAAGGGUUUUCUGAUUGGAUGAUAUUAACAAACUAAAAUUAGAACUCACAAUGUCGCCACAUCAUUUCUGGAUUGAUCCAUGUGAUUUCUAACAAUCAUUUUGAUUUAUGAAAAUUUACAUGUAUGAAAUAUUUAUAACAUACCCAGCUUUAUGCCCUUCACUGUAACUAAUGUGAUUUACACAUGUCAUAAAUGUUGGAAAGUAAUUGUCAGUACAGUCUCUACCUUCAUGGGUUGUAUUUUCAACUUAAGGUGUUUUGCAUGGUAAUAUAUCAGAAAUGUAGCUAACAACCUCAUCACUCUGGUAACUUUGGUGUAAUAUUGCAACGGAUGAUUGAAAAAGUACCAGCCACAUGUGCAAACAAUGUGUUACAAUGGUGUAAAAUAGUAAAAUCUUUUAAUUAUUGAGUUUUAUUGUAAUUUGAAAAAAAAAAUAUAUUUUAUAACAAUAAUUAUUUCUAUAGGCCAGUAACUUCCUUGAUGUCACUUGAUGUUAUUUGCAGUUUGUAAAAAGUUUAUUUUGUUAUUUAAAAUUAAUAUUUGAAAAAAUAAAUAUAGAUGUAUUAUUAUG